AUGAUUAAAACUAAAAAAGGGGAUGUUUGAUGAGAAUUAGAGAUGAUGUUAUGAAAGCAGUGUGAUGAGAUAAGAUAAGAUUGGUAAAUGGUAAAUAGUAAAUAGUGAGAGUAGGGAGUCAAUGAAAUUUAAGAAUGAAAGAAUGAAUAAAGAGAGGUGAUAAAGAGGAUGCUAAUAUUGUGCCACCAAGGUUUGGUUGGGGUAGUUUUUGAUUUCGUGAAGUGCGUUGGCAAAGUGUAAGAAAGAGAACCAGUGUUUUCCCUUGUCUUCCAAUCUCUUCACCCUUCACCACACUCUCCAAAUUUGGUCACUUUCUGUUAAAUUACAUUAUCUUUGGUCUAUCUUCUUCUUGAGUGCUAUAUUCUCUCUUUUUCUUUUCUAAAUUUUCCUAUAUUUACUAUCCUAUAAAUAAACAGUUCCAAAACUUGGGUUGCAGGGCUGAUUCACAGUUACUGUUGUAUUGGGUGGCUUUUGACUCCCCGACUUAUUAUAUCCUUCACUCCCAAUCUAUAUUUAAGAACCAACCUCCACUCUUCUUUCUCUGCUUCCUUACAACCCUCCAACCCUCUCUUUCUCUUUCUCUCUCUCUCUAUUUGUUUUUUAAGGUUAGGCUUAGCCCUCUCUUCGGUUGUGUCAGGAAGAAACAUGGAAGCACCAGAGGAACUCUCUCUGGGGGGGUCCAAAGAUCACGCCAACAUUGUCAAGGGGAAAAGAACCAAAAGGGUCAGACCACAAUCCCCUAUCCCCUUCUCUGUCACCGCCAAUUCCUCCACCGGAGAAGGAGAAAGAGAAGAUUGCUGCAAUGUUGAUGACAACACCAACACCAACACCAACAAAAAUUAUGAUAUUAAUAAUAACAACAUCAUCGUCAACAACAUCAACAACAACAACAACUCUCCCACCACUUCCUCUGCAGGAUUACAAGACAGCACGGAUGAAGAGGAGGACAUGGCCAAUUGCCUCAUCCUUCUGGCACAAGGACAAUCUCGGGAAUCUCCAAAACAUGUCGAGGAAGAUGUGGGAAUGAACUACGCCAAGUACAGCAGUAGGAAAUUCUUGGAGGCGGCCACCUUGGGGUCUAGCAGGGCAGGGUACUAUGUUUAUGAAUGCAAGACAUGUAACAGAACUUUCCCUUCUUUUCAAGCACUCGGAGGCCACAGGGCCAGUCACAAGAAGCUUAAGGCAAUCGUGCCCAUUCCCCAAGAGAAGAAGCACCAACACCUUUUGUCAUCGGAUGAGGACGACUUUCAAUUGAAGCCCAACAAUAAAUCACCAUUUUCCCUUCAACUCGGUACAAAGGCCAGUUUGUACAACAAAUCCAAGGUGCACGAGUGCUCCAUCUGUGGUGCUGAAUUCACAUCGGGGCAAGCACUGGGAGGCCACAUGAGACGCCACCGCGCACCGGUUGGGAUCCCCACCACACUCUCCUUCACCCCAUUGACUCUGGAACCGGAAGAAGAUCACCCCAGAAAGAAAAGGAAUGUCUUGAACUUGGAAUUGGAUCUCAAUCUUCCCGCCCCAGAAGAUGAUCAAAGAGAAUCCAAGUUUUCCUUUGCAUCCAAGCAACAACAACAACAACAACAUGGACAGAAAAAACAGCAGCAGCAGCAGCAGCAACAACAACAACCACAAACAAGUCUUGUCUUAACUGCCCCAGCUUUGGUGGAUUGUCAUUACUGACAAGGUUUAGAUUGACAUCUGACAUCGAAACUGUGGCAAUGUGAAAUUUUCGCGAUACAUGUGUUGUCUGUGAUCUGGUUUUUCUUUUUGGUUAAAUUUUUUGAUCCAUACAUUUAUCAAAAAUUACAUUACAUGAUUCUUUUGAUUCAUUGUGGAGUUGAUGGAAGAAGCAUGGUGAUUGUGGGUGAGGUGAGUUGUUUAUUGGAGAAAGUUUUAAUUUGUUCUCUGAAAAGACCUCUCCAAGUCAUGGAUAGCGCAUGUGGGUAGAGUUCUUUUUGAUUGGCGUUUGGCAGAGAAUGUGAUGUGUUAUGACUGCAGAGAGAGGGUGUUGGUAGUGUCCAAAAAGUCUCUGCUUAAGUUUGAUUGUCUCCUCCACAAUAAAACAUCUCCUCCUCCAUGUCUUUCUGUGUCUGUCCCCUCACAUUGGCCAUGGAAAUAGAAUAAAAGUAGGGAAAGCCAGUAAGUAACUCUUAUUCCCACAUGAAUCCUCAACUUGUCCUUUUUCUCCUUUACCCAUAUCUCUCGUUCUAAAUCAUUAUUCUUCUUCUUUUCUCUCUGCCUCUUAAUUGCCUACUCAUUACACCUAAGCAACCCAUCAAACCAUUCACAACCCACCAAAUCUUCAACUUUCCCUUAGAUACAGCUAAUGCUAACUACUACGCAAAUCACACAUUGCUAAACUCUCCCACAUUUUCAAUUUCAUUGCUUUCUUUUCUUUUUCUUCAAGUAAAAAGAACCCUUCAAGAAAACUGAUUACUCCCCAACUGUAGA